GUCUGGCGAGAAACGAGAAGUGCUCGAGUGCAGGCGGGAGGUUGGGAGGAGGGCACAGGCUGUGCAAGCACUGCCGCUGCUUUCAGCAGAAGAGCCUUUCACCUGCUGGGAGCUGCCCUUGGCAAGGCGGCACUGGGUUUUUUGGAUCCUGAAAAUGAACUUCGGGAGGAUUUUCCUUGUCAAGUGCUUGCUGCUUUUGUUUCCCAAAGCAAAAUGUACCAGUACCAUAAAUUACAAGGCAGUGAAUGAGACAGCUCUACUCAGUUCCACUGCUGAAAACAUGCACGAGAUAUUGUGGAGCAGAGACAACGAGAGGCUGCUUCAGAUGAAAGACAAAAAAAUUAAAUAUUACGUGGAGAAGACGCAGUGUAGGUGCAAGGUGCUCCUCAAUGGGACUCUCCGAAUAGAGCGGCUGGUGAAAGAAGACAGUGGGAUAUACAAGGUGUCUGCAUAUGACAAGAAUGGAAAGCUGAAGGCAAAUGAAACAAUAGUGCUCAUCGUUUUGGAGCCUGUCCCUCAGCCAAUCCUCAGUGCUGAAUGCAUUAAUAAAACCCUAUAUGUGAAAUGUACAGUGAAGAAGACUGAGGACCAGGUGUUUACAAUAGAAUUGACUCAAGAUAAAAUCAAUAAAUCACAAACGAAUGUAACAGAGGUGGAAUUUACUACUCGACACAGUGGGAGAUACAGAUGUAUUGUUAAGAAUCAAGUCAGCAAAAAAACAACUGAGAAGGAAAUAAAAUGUCCAGGCCAGCUGGAGCUCUAUCUCAUCUCAUGCAUAGCAGGAGGUGCAGUAUUCUUUAUUGUCUUUGUGAUUUUGCUUAUUUAUUGCAUCAGGAAGAAAAAAGCAGAUAGGCUUGAAGAUGAUGAUGAGGAAAGGAUGCAGAUCCACCAAGUGGACACAGAGAUGGCGAUGCGGAAGCUCCCUCAACUACCAUCCAACCCUAUCCCCCAGCAGACCUGUGUGCAGCAGACGCCUCCUCCACAGCCAUGUAUACAGCAACGAGCAGUGCCCCCACAGCCCAGGCCACGUACCCAGCUGAGAGAGAGGCACUGAGUGUCUGUCAUGGGGGAUGGAGGGCUCUUUCCUAUGGAAGAAGAAAGUUUACAACAAUCAGGAACUCCUUCCACCCAGGCUUAUGUAGCUCAGCUACGGAGCUGCAGAAGAUUAGGGAGAGCAUCAGGUAACUGGAGUUGAAGAGACACAGUGGAGGAGAUUGAAGAUGAUGAGAUCUGAGGCCUCUUUUCUUCAAGUGACUCUAUACUAAUGUAUAGACUACUGACACCUGCGUCUUUCUGUGGUUCACUUGUUUUUACUGCACCUUGCUGUUGUCUUGCUUUCCAGAUGGGUUAUAUCAAAAAGUGAGAGUCUUUCUGAGACAAUGUGGGCUUGUGGAUCUUACCUGGUUUUAUCACAUAGCGUUUCAUUCUCUUGCUGUGCAUUAGAACAGCCCUCUGGUUUCAACAUCAGAUGCAUGAUCUCCUAAACAGAACAAUAAUCUGUAUAUAAUUAAUUAACUGGUCUGAUGUUGGAAGAAUUGGUGCUGUCCAACACAGAACAGUAAACAGAAAGGAGAUGUGAUGGACUUGAAGCAUGCACAUGUGAAAAAUUGUAAGGGGGAAGGAGUAUAUCCUUCAUUUUCUCUACUGCUUCAGCUCAGUUCCUGUGCUUCUUCACUGGCAAGUAAAAUGAAACAAUUUUCCCUAUAGAUCUGUUUGACUUGUCAGGUAGCUUUUUUUUCUUUUUUUUCUUUUUUUUUGUCACAGAACAGGCCAUUGACUACUACAAGUAGUAUUUCAAACUGCCAAGCAGCCUCCUUAACAGUGCUGUUUUCUGAAUUGACAUAGCUUCCAUCACCAGGCCACCUGUCUGAUGACCAAGCUCCCUGAUUUUUUCUGGUAAGCACCUCAUGAUUGCUGGUGAGUUCCAGGUGAUUACAGAAAACUGCUGAGAGGCCUCACUCUCCCAAAGGAAAAGGUGCAUGCCUGGACUGCAAUAACUAUUCCUGCAUCACUCUCCAUGUUCUGGCCAAACACUCCUUGCUCCUCUGGGCCUUGAGAACGUUCUGUCAGACAGCUGAGGAGCUAAGAGAGGACAUGCUUUCUUCAAGCGAUGUCUGAAUGGAUAAACUGGUCCAUCUGGUGUAAAAGUCAGCAAAGGGGGAGAAGGGGAGAGCUGCCAGAGCAAAAGAUGUCCAGAUAGCAUUUUGUUGCAAUAGGCAGAAGGAUGUGCAGUAUGCCUCCUCGAGCUGACUCUCCUGCUUGUGUCAUGGCAGUUAAAUAGACUUCUUUUUGUUUCUCCUCAGAAAUGUGACUGUUUUUAUCUUCUGGAGUGAGGGUGGAGAAGUAACUUGUAGGGGUGAGCAGGGGAUCUCUACCUCUCCCAGAGCUCAGUCACUCUGCUUGAGCUCCAGAGGGGAUGCAAUGAUGGGAGGAUCACUUGUUCUUGGCUUAGCUUUCUGCAGCUUGUUUUAGGGUUUUUACUACUUGAAAUUGCAUUUGGUAAAUAUUUCCUGGUUUACUUAAUAAUAUAAGCUAUGUACCUGCAGUGAAUGAAUAAAGACAAGAGUGGGUGU